AGGAGAAGAUUUCCCCGUUCGGCCCGGUCCCACCGGCGACCGGCGCGCCACAACUCCACAAAAAUGCUUCACGCCGAUAGCCCUUGUAUCCAGCAUCUGCAAGCGAACAUCAUGGUGUCUGGUUGAUCGUUUUCAGCUGGUGUUUCGAAGGCCGGAUCUUUCCACGUGGGAACAGCCGUCCCAUCGCAUAUCGACAAUUGGGACAGAGUCUACAUGAACGUUGCACACGCUUAUGGAAGGUGUGGGCGAGAUUACUCGAUGGAGUGCUCGGUUUCUUGAACGUAGAAUCUGCGGCUCAUGGUGGCUGUCCGGGUGUCAAAGGUAGUGCAACAGACCCUGAAAGCUAUGGCCCAUAAACUUUUAGGCGGUGACCUCGCAGCAAGUGAACAAGACAUAACUUUGUCUUCGCCCACUCUCUGCACUAAACAUCUCACCACGCUCUUCUCUUAGACUUCCCCUUCCAAGUUUCUUCCUCGCAAAACAAUUCUUCGGUACAAUGGUUGAGCUCUGUAGACUCAAGGUUGCUUGCUCCGGCCUCGGUCGCAUGGGCGCGCGUCACGCCCUUCACUUCCUGCAUCGCACACCCAAGGCCGAGCUUGUUGCAGCUUUCACACCAGACUCCAAGGAGGCAGCGUGGGCAAGAGAGCACCUUGAGCCAUUCGGCGUCAAGAUCUACAGCAACUAUGACCAGAUGCUGAAGCACGAGGGUCUUCAGGCAGUUGUCGUUGCAACCGUUACCACAGCGCACGUUGAGCAGUCUAUCAAGGCCAUACAGUCCGGUAAACACGUUUUGUGCGAGAAGCCUUUCAGCACAAAGCUCUCCGCUUGCGAGGACCUCCUCAAGACCGCCGCUGCCCAUCCCAACGUUAAGGUCAUGUGUGGCUUCUCCCGCCGUUUCGACGCCUCAUACCGCAAUGCAUACGCUCUUGUCAAAUCGGGCGAUGUGGGACGACCUUCGAUCCUCCGAUCCCAGACCUGCGACAAGUACGAUCCCUCGGGCUUCUUCGUCGAAUACGCGAAGUUCUCUGGCGGUAUCUUUGUCGAUUGCAACAUACACGACAUCGAUCUCGCAUUGUGGUACUUUAGUGCCGACUCUGACGGCAAAACCCUGCCCAAGGUCAAAUCCGUUGUUGCCUUUGGUAUCACAGCUCUCGAGCCUGAUCUCGCCAAAUAUGGAGAUGUGGACAACGGAGUAGGCAUCGUUGAGUUCUACGAUGGCCAGAUUGCAUACUUCUACAGUUCGCGCAUGAACGCACCAGGCCAACACGACAUGACCGAGAUCAUCGGUACAAAGGGCAAGCUCGCUGUCAACUCCAACCCCAUGACGGACCUUAUGGAGGCACACCUGCCCAACGGCGUCCAGCGCGCUAUCCCCCAAAACUACUACGAGCGCUUCGAACAGGCUUUCGUCACCGAGGCCAACGAAUUCACAGACAUCGUUCUCAACAAUAAGGACACCCCCGUCAGCCUUGAGAGCUCGUACCAAGCCGUCAGGAUUGGCGUUGCGCUGCAGGAGAGUCUAAGGAGCGAGAAGAAGAUUUGGUUCGACCGUAAUGGCAACCAGACAGGCAAGCCACAGACGAAGUCCAAUCUGUAGAUUCUAAAAGCUCUUUUCAUUAUUGCGUAGCGUGUCAUGAACCAUGGGAUCAUAUCAGCUAGAGUCAUCGAUGCCUGAAUCAGAUCCGUUGAUCGGGUUCAAGGACUACGGGCACUUAGACUUCCUAAUGCACACCAUUUUUCAACGUUUUUUCUUAU